GUUUCGAAGUUACAGCAGUGGCAUGCUGUGCUACAGGAAUGUUCGAGAUGGGUUAUAUGUGUGAUCAAUUUAACCCAUUUACGUGCACGGAUGCAAAUAAGUAUGUAUUCUGGGAUUCAUUCCAUCCUACGGAGAAAACAAAUCGUAUCAUCUCUGAUCAUAUGGUCAAACAUGUCCUCAAUGUAUUCAUGUAA